AAAAGGUAAAAAUAAAACAAUAUUUCUCCUUUUCUCUCCGACUACAAACAUCAAGGAGAACCAAUCUAAAUUCCAAAAGAGUUUAGUUGAUUUUAUCUUCUUUUUUCAUCACCUGGCCUAAUUAACAGUGAUGUCUUCAUCACCUUUUUGUUCUUGGCCUGUGGUACUAUUGUUAGUAUUGUUGUGCAUGGUGGCCAGAGAAUCAAACGGAGCUUCCAACAAUGUAAAAGUGGGAAGCAUUUCAAAGGUAGAAGAUGCUGAUAAUUUCCAUAUAUAUUAUGGACAAACCUUCAAAGUCAUCAAAAAUGCUAUUGAUGGCAAGAGUUAUCUCCUUAUUCAGAACACUUCUAGAAUGGCGGUUCGGACAAAGUAUUGUACUUCCAGGAUAAAGUCCUAUGUGAUUCCACUUCUUAACUACUCAGUAGACACUCAAUCUUCUCAAGGAGGCAUUCCGGUUUCUUUUUUUGAGCUACUUGGAUUACUAGGGAGCUUGAAGGGAAUAACAUCAGACGCCGUGGCUUCACCGUGUGUUCUGAAACUGCUUGAGGCAGGGGAAGUAGUUAUGUUUGAAAAAGGUGCAGAAGAAGUGUCUCAAUUUGCAGCGCACUUCAUCAGUGAUACUGAUCAACUUCAGACAUGCAAUUUUGCAAACUUUUUUCCACUCAGCGAAGGCACACCUCUUCAGCGAGCCGAGUGGAUUAAAUUCCUUGGUGCUUUUGCCAAUCUUGAAACUAAAGCCAACCAAGUCUAUGAUGCGGUCAAAGCAAGCUAUACUUGCUUGUCUCAAAUGGCAGCUAAAAGGACCACAUCCUUCAAACCCAUUGUAGCCUGGAUGGAGUACGAUAAAAAUGGAGGUGUUUGGUGUUUUACCAAGGAACCACAUAAGCUAAAGUUUGUAGAAGAUGCGGGUGGUGAGAAUAUCGACAAAUCUAUAAACAAGAUCACUUACAAUGUCUCUGAUCCUGAUGAUUUGGAAGCACUCCAUGCCAUUUUAUGCACUGUGGAUGCGGUGAUCGAUGAAACGCUAUCGUCCGAACCUCAGAAUUACACAAAGAAAACAUUCUUGGAUAACAUAAACCUGGAGGAUAACUCAUGUUUUGCGUUUAAUCAGAGCAUCUGGAGAUAUGACAAAAGAGUUAGAAAGGGAACAACUCUUGACUGGCAUGACGGAGCAAUAUCGCAACCAAACCUUGUACUGGCUGACAUGAUUGAAGCCUUGUUUCCAACUGGAAACUACACAACCUCCUAUUUUAGAAACAUUGCCAAGGGCGAAGGAGUCAUAGACAUUAGUUCGGAUAUGUGUGAUAGAGACGCAUCGUUGCCGUUAGUUCCUACCAUUCCAGCUUGCGGAUGACGUUUUAUACCUUCACGGUUCUCUUGUCUUCCCCCUCCCUCUCCCACUCCCCUCAAGAAACAUU